GGAGAGCGUGCGCCAACUCUGGUCCCACGUCACGUGACAGGGUUCCACAUUCGGGGUUGGCUUGAAGGCUUCAUUUCAUUAGGCGCUUUGAAAGCUCAGGUGUCAGGGCCAGUGCUUCCAUGGCCACCAACGUGACUCAGAUGGAGCUGGACAUGCUGAACCUGGAGCAGGUGGUGGUGGGGGACAACAUGGUGGUUACUACCGUGCCCACCGCUGUGCCAGUCGCCGACACGAAACCGGUCAUCGUGAAGCCUGUCAUAAACCAGCCCUAUCAACAUGAUAGCCUCCAGUGUUUCCAGUGCUUCAUCACCUUCUGCAAUGCCAAAGCUAAGGAGAGACAUAUGAGGAAAAGUCACAGAGAGGAGUACAAGCAGCAACUCCAACAGACAGACACACUGUUCACGUGCUACGUAUGUGACCGGCCCUUCACAUCCUCUGAGGAGCUGACCCAGCACCAGGCCACCCACAGCACAGAGGCAAAGCCGUUCCGCUGCCCUCACUGUCAGGGCAGCUUCGCCACCUUUUCUGAGCUGACUGACCACCGGCGUAACCUGUGUCCCGAGCGCCACUGCGUCUGCAAGGACUGCGGCAUGGUCUUCCGUGGCCUGGCCAAGCUGCGCACGCACCGCCUGGCCCACCACCCGGCCUCGGACGCUUCAAUGCCCCCGCCACCCCCGCCGGACGGCUUCACCCACCGCUGCCCCAAGUGCCAGGAGGGCUUCGAGACGGAGGAGGAGCUCCUGCAGCACCAGGAGCUGUACGCCGGCCACGAGCACUGCAAGCCGCCGCCCAACCCUCGCAAGAGAGGACGACCCCCCAAACAACCACAACAACAGCCGGAUGCCACAGAGGAGGAGGAGAACGGUGAGAAAAAAGACACAGAGGGGACUGACGGGGCGGCGACGCAGCCGGAAAUCGGCGGGAACAUUGCGGCGAAUGCUCCCAGGCCCCGCGGCAGGCCUCCGAAACAAAAGCAACAACAGCCACCUCAGCCGAAGAAGCCGAAAGAGGAGCCAAAGAUCCCGUGCCCGAUGGACGGCUGCAAGACUGUGUGUGGUAGCCUGGCCUUGCUGCGCGCCCACAAGAAGGAGGCGCACGCCCCGCCACCCCCUCCCAAGAAGGCCCACGCCUGCAGCGAGUGCGAGGAGAGCUUCGCCCAGGAGAGGCAGCUGCAGGCCCACGUGGCGCGCGCCCACGGCUCCGGACGCCACACCUGCCCCACCUGCGGCAAGAGCUUUGGGCGCGAGAGCAACCUCAAGGCCCAUCAGCGCUCCCACACAGAGGGCAAGGAGGAGGAAGAUGAGGAAGACAAGGGAUAGAUUAAUAAGACUGCAUUUGGGGACACACGCGUCAGGGUUUUAAAUGGAGAUUGGUAGCCAUUCAGACAGAUGCCUUCAGAAGGAGGUCUUGAAUAGGACAGAGGGGUCAUUCCAAGAACGUGGUUUAGCAAACCAGGUUGAGCUAAUCUAGAGGUAGAGGUACGUCGGCCAAUAGAAGAGCCUGGAGUCUUUAGAGCUGGAAUUUGUUUUUCUUAACAAAAUGAUGCCUACGGGGUAUAUACAGGACAUCCCAAAAUAUUGUAUGCACUCUUUAAAUCAUCGUGAAGUAGGUGUUUUAAAUAUAUAUACAGUAUAUAUUUGUAAUUACCAGCUUUUGUCAAACAGACAUCCAUUCUGGUCUAGGCACUACUGAUAACGUAAAUCUUAAAACUCACUUUGUUAUUUUGUUUCAUAGCAUAGACUGUUUAGACAUCAGUUUGAGAAUUAGUGAUGACAAAACAUUAAAGUGAUGUCUGCAAACUCUGAUACACUUUAAAUAUCUACCUUACAUACAUUAAAAGUGUGCAUAUGUUUUUGGGACUCCCUGUGUCAGCAGGUUUACCUCUUCCUAUAAAUUAACUUGGUCACGUUCAUCCCGUUCUUGGAAUAGCUCCCUUGGACUCAAAGAGAUUGUAUUUACUUUGAUGUUUUUCCUCCCAGCAUGGGAGAAGACGAGUUUGAAAAAGGUAUACAUUUAUUAAAGUUGUUUUAACAACGUCCCAAACGUGUUCAAUAACUAUGAGUGACUGUAUAUACACAAAUGGUUUAACCAUCUGUAAAUACAAAAAAUAUUAAUGUUGUUUAAAAAAAAAUCACAGCUUUCAUGAUUUUGCUACUUUUUCUGUUUUGUAUACCAUGUUCAUUCUGCUGACUUUGUGUGGUUAUGUUGUGUUAAAACUUAGCUUUUAGGUGUUUGAUUUGUCUUCAGACUGGAUUUUAACAGGUGCUCUAUCUUGGCCUUCCUCUUCAUGUAUUACGAUGUCUGAGGUCACUUUUGUACUUUUUUUUCUACAUUUGAAAAUGGGGUUCGAUGACAUGGUUGUGGUUUGGUUUGCUGAUAAUACAUUUUGAUUGUUUAUGAAUUACAUGUACCUUUCUGUCCUCCUGACACUCACAAACUGAAAUUAAAAAUUGUCUUACAACCUGA